ACAGACAUGUCUUCUCCAGGAGCCAUUCCGGGUCACUUGUCCUAGGUGUACCCAUAACCCCCAAGAUCUGAGCUCUCUCAUCUGGGCCCCACCCAGAUAGCAAGAACUCAGACUCAAGCCCUGGCCUGAGGCUGACACCUCCAGGAAGCCCUCAGAGCUGCUACCAUUCUUGGGACAGACACCGUGAUAGGGGUGACCACUGGAGGUUGUCCUGGGAACCCAGCAAAGGACUGGUUGCUGGGCUGACAGCCGGGUCUCCUUGCCCUCCGGGGCUCCAGCAGCACUAAAAUCAGAACAGGAGGCCACACGUGCAACAGGCACAAGCAAGCCCUUAGCACAGACCUGAAUAAACGGUAGGUACUCAAUCCUUGCACAACUGACCAAGUGUUUCCCAGCAGUUAAAACCUGAAUUUUCUCAGUUGGACCCAAAGUUUUGGCCCCAACUCAGUUCCCCAAUCUCCUUGCCUGUAAAAUGGGUUUGGGUGGGAGCUCAGUGCUUACACCUUCCAGGGUAAAAAGGGUCCUGCCUCACUCUGGCAGGUCAUCCUCACAACAUGCUGGUGGCCAGUAUGACCACCUUCUACUAAGGGGGCUCAGAGAGGGGAAGGGGCUUGUGAGUAGGGGCCACACCGUGAGUCAGGGCCAAAGUAGAACAAGAACCUGGACCUCAAAUGCCCAGGGCAGUGUUCUUUCCCUGUGCGACCCUGUCCCCCGCCUCCCCUACUUACCUUAGCUGCUCCCAAUCAAAGCCUACCUCCUCCAGGUCACCCCCCUCAAAUGCUGCCUCUACUACAGGAGCUCGCCUCCUCGGGAAAAGGAGAAGCCACCUCACUUCCUCUGGCCAUCCUAACAGCUGUGAGUCUUGGUUUGGGAGUGAGGAGGGGUGGGAAAAGGGCUUGGCACCGGCAGGGAGACUCUCACUCAGGUGAGUUUUCAGGGGCAUCACCUCUAUCCCCACAACCCAUACCCAUCACUCCCAGUAGCUCCAGACCUGCCAUGUGGAAGGAGACAGUGAGUGCUAAAUGGAGGUAUGUGGGAGGAUCUGAGGACAUAGAGUAGGUGUUCAGUAAAUGGUUUUGGAGAAAAGGAAGAGAGGGAAGGUGGGAAGGAGAAGGUGACCAAGUAACUGAGUGCUUAAGUGGAUUGCCAGGCGGAGGGAUGGACAUGUCAGUGAAUGAGCUAGUGAACGAAUGGAGAAAGGGAUGGUUGGGGGAGUGAGUGACUGGAAGGUCGCUCUGGGUGUUACAGCUAAAGGGGGAGCCGAAAGCUCUUUAAUCACCAACGUGCCCAUUUGACAGAUGAGAAGACUGAAAGAGGGCUGAGGAGAAAAGAAGCUGCUGGGUCUGUGGGAAUGGCUUUUGACCAGCAGCCUCUGGUUCUCCCCCCCACCUCUCUACCCCCCUCAUCACCGUCUUUCCUCUGCUGGGGUGGGGAGGGUUCCAGGAAGGAGACAUUUUCUCCGCCUCUUUGCUCCUCUAGGCCCCAGUUUCCGCCAGGCCUUGGUGUUGGGGAUGGUAGGGAGGGGGUGGCCCCCGCAGGGGCUAUUUCAGUCAGAGACAGCCCUGCCAGGAAACAGAGGAAGCCACCCGCCCCAUCGGAGGUGUUGCAGCCUGGGCUGCGGGCAGGAGAGUGGAGAGCCUCACGUCUGGCCUUCCCUUGCGCUAACGCACUUGAGGCCACCAAGGUGCUUCGGGGACAGGAGGCUGCCUGUCCAUUGGAUUUAAGUUGUGAAUUCUCUCUGGACACCAGUAAAUGUGGACAUGCCAGUUGGGAAAUAAGAAGAUUGCAGCCAAAAGAAGGACCAUGGUUUUGGAAGGUGGAGUCCAGCCUGAGGAGCCUCUCUGGAUGUAGGAAGCAUAAUCGGGCAGCCAUGGAGUGGGACAAUGGUACACGCCAGGCCCUGGGCUCCCCGCCCACUACCUGCGUCUACCGAGAGAACUUCAAGAGACUGCUCCUGCCACCUGUGUACUCAGUGGUGCUGGUGGCUGGCCUGCCACUGAAUGCCUGCGUCAUUGCCCAGAUUUGCACGUCCCGCCGGGCCCUGACCCGCACAGCUGUAUACACCCUGAACCUGGCCCUGGCUGACCUGCUCUAUGCCUGCUCCCUGCCCCUGCUCAUCUACAACUAUGCCCAAGGCGACCACUGGCCCUUUGGCGACCUCGCCUGCCGCCUGGUCCGCUUCCUCUUUUACGCCAACCUACACGGCAGCAUCCUCUUCCUCACCUGCAUCAGUUUCCAGCGCUACCUGGGCAUCUGCUACCCUCUGGCCCCCUGGCACAAGCGUGGGGGCCGCCGCACCGCCUGGCUGGUGUGCGGGGCCGUGUGGCUGGCCGUGACGACCCAGUGCCUGCCCACAGCCCUCUUUGCUGCCACAGGCAUCCAGCGUAACCGCACCGUCUGCUACGAUCUGAGCCCACCCGCCCUGGCCACCCGCUAUCUGCCCUAUGGCAUGGCCCUCACCGUCAUCGGCUUUCUGCUGCCCUUUAUCGCCCUGCUGGCCUGCUACUGCCGCCUGGCCCGUCGUCUCUGUCGCCAGGAUGGCCCCGUAGGGCCGGUGGCCCGGGAACGGCGUGGCAAGGCGGCCCGCAUGGCUCUGGUGGUGGCAGCCGCCUUUGCCAUCAGCUUCCUGCCCUUCCAUGUCACCAAGACAGCCUACCUGGCAGUGCGCUCCACAGCCGGUGUCCCCUGCCCUGUGCUGGAGGCCUUUGCGGCUGCCUACAAGGGCACGCGGCCCUUUGCCAGUGCCAACAGCGUGCUGGAUCCCAUUCUCUUCUACUUCACUCAGAAGAAGUUCCGCCGGCGGCCCCAGGAGCUGCUACAGAAGCUCACGGCCAAGUGGCAGCGACAGGGUCACUGAGUCCACUGGGGCAGGACACCUGGGGCCAGGUCACGGGAAACCCCUCCAACCCCAAACCAUGCAGAGAAUUAGAGCUUAGCUCAGCUGGGCAUGGAAUGAGGUCCCCCACAGACUCCAGAAUCUCACCAAUGACUAUUUAUUGAGCCCUUGCUCUGGACCCGGCCCUGUGGACACAGAGAGACAGGCUUGGACCUGGCCCUCCAGAAGGUGCCAGUCAGCCCUGGAGUCAGGGAAGCCAUGUGAAGCUGCUCACAAAAAUAUAGUAUGGCGUGUACUGUAACUGAGGAGUAUGCUGUAUGCUUUGGAGUCACCAAUCCAGGGACUGGGGGAAGAUGGGAGGAAGAAGUGAGAGCUUCUGGAAAGGAGCAUUUGAGCUGGAUUUUGAGGGGAUGAAUACGAGCUCUCUGGAGGUGUGCAAUGUUCCAUUCAUUCAGCAAACCUUUACCUACACCUUAUCCUUGGGCCUGGGUUGAUUCUGGGGCCCUGGGAGAACUGGUCCUAGCCCUGCCCCAUAUAGGCUCCCAACUACUGGACAUAUAGAUGCUUGACACAGUGAUAUCAAGGCUGUGACAGAGA